UUGUGUCUAAUCCGACACCGUUGGGAAGAGCACCGUGGCUGAAAACUUCGGGAAAAAUGGAAAAAGUAACAGGCGUAAAAACUUUAUUCGCUAAUUCACUGCCGUGAUAAGGAACAACAGCGAUGGAUCUGCACGUUUUCUCCCUGAACUGGUUUUCAAACUGACAAUGGUGUCGAAGGAGGGAAAAACGAAAAUUUUCUCGCAAUUCCAUUGAAAGUCUAUUUACUCAUGGAGAAAGGAUCAAGUCGGGAGUCAUGAGCACAGGUGUGAAGAAGCCUCCAUUAGCUCCCAAACCUAAACUCCCUGCUACCACCAAACCCUCUCCCCCGCCCAUCGCCCCCAAACCAGGUCUUUUCUCUCAGUCCUCAGUUGCCUCCCAGCCUUCCCCUGCUACUCUCAAGAGGACAAAACCGGCUGUUGCGCCCAAACCAUGCAUUCCCAAAUCCACAGCCUCCUCUCCUCCCGUUUCCCCCCCGCCACCCAAACCCAGUGAACCCCUCGUCUUGUCUCAGGAACAGGAGGAGGUUUUAGGUCACAGCCUCUCACUUCUCAACUCCAAAAACGGGAUUUUAUCAGAGAAUAACAAGCGUGAUUCGGAUUACAUCAUUCCCACCUGCUCCUGUGAGCUCGAGGAUUCUUCCCAGUGCCAGCAUCUGGAAAACGGAAACGCAAGUGAGAUUGCGAGCAAUUUGCUCCAAGAUCGGUUGCAGAAUGGGAUUUCUUCAGAGGGAUUCACAGGGACGAGGGCACAGGAGAGAGCAGAAUACCAGGAGGAGGGAGUAGCUGUGGAGAAGGUUGAAGGUGGGGGGAUAAGCAAAAAGCCCAGGGAUAAACCUCAAAGACAGAGACACCUUGAUAAAGUGUUGGUAAACAAAGAGACACAGAAGACUGAGGAGCCGAAGGGGAGAGCCACACAGACUAUAAAGCAUCAGGAAAGGGCUGCUGCUGAGCCUGAUGUUUCAAAAGCGGAUGUACAUAACACUCAAAUAACAAAUUUAUCAGACUCUCAUUCAGCCUGUGAUGUUGCAGGCAGCAUCAUUGUCUCUUCAGGCAUCCCUCCUCAUGAGACGUCUGCAGAAUCUGUUCAGGAAGAACACAGUGAGCCAGUCUGCAAAGCAUCUCCCACCAGGUUACACCCUGAGCUCCAGGUUCCUGCUGCGCCAAGUAAGCCUCUCCCGGUCCCGCAUCCUCGUAAACUUAAAAAGCCAGCCCUGGUGAGGCAGGAUGGUGUGGAGGGCAGUGCCCAGGAUCAAGUGGCGGACGAACAAAAACAGGGGAUUGAGAUGCGAGAGGCUGAGGGUAGACUGAGUCUAGCCGGUCUGUCUCUCGGUUCAGAGUGCGAAGAGCUCAAGCGCGACACAUGUGACGACCCUUUACCCCAACAAGACUCAGGUUUGGGAGAUGAUGAGACCAACGUGCCCGUCCCUCCUCCUCGCCAGACCUCCCUCUCACCUCGCCUCCACAGAUCAGUCCACGUCCCCCCUUCUCUUAACAGAAACACCUCCCACUCCUUAGUCCUGCUGUCACAACCUGACUCAGUGAGCCAUAAGAAAGAGGGUGAGGAGCACCGGGUGGAGGAGGAUGAAGAGGACGGGUACGGCGACUUCGCCCGCUACCCGAUCACUCACAGCCUCCCCAAACAGAUCAAACUAGGCUGUCAUCCUCCCCUGGCUAACACCAGAAAAGCCUUUUCCAACGAGGAUCAGCAAUCACCGAGGGCACCACCCAGAAAACCUCAGAGACACAGCAUGCCAGCAGCCCCUCCACCCUCCAUCUGCCCUCCUGCACCUCCACAUGCUAACACCCCCAUGAGGGCGCUGCCUGCGCCCCCUCAGGAGAAAACAGCCUGGCGCUUCACCCGACCCUGCGUCACCUUCUUCAGCCGACAGAUGCCCACCAGGAGCAGCGUGCCGCCAAAGAGCCGAGCUCCAGCUUUGGGGGGCAAACAGAGGGCACAGUCUUUCUCUGCAGCUGACCUGGCAACCCGGGCCGACUCUCAAAAGAGGAGCCUCUCCUUCCGGAAGCUGCUGGAGCUCAGGCUGUCUGUCAAGAUGCUGCCAAAGCUGCUGGCAAAGGGAGGCCAGUCUCUGGACUGUACCAGCGUGGAAACAAACCGGGGGGAGAAAAGCCUGGAGCGGCCUCAGAGCUGCAUAGGGGAGGUUGAUAUUUGUGGAGAUGGUGGAGAGGAAUCGGUGGAGUAUGAGAACGUUCCUCUGUAUGAGGAGAUCCCAGAGUACAUGAACCUGCCGUUCCAUAGCGCGAGGUUGGGUUGGCCGCACGACUCCGACGCAGCCGAUUCAGACAUCUAUGAGGUGCAGGAUCCCUAUCACAGAUACCAGGACCAUGAGUACGAGAGCGGCUGGCUGAGGCAGGACGUCCACUCUGAGGAGGAGGAGGAGAUCCACAGCUCCGACGAAGAGGACAACAGCUCCACCUCCAGCAAGGAGCACCUGGACGAGGCGGACCGACAGCAAGAGGAUGAGAUGAAGAGGAAGAAGGUGGUGCACAUCGCCCAGGAGAUAAUGAGCUCAGAGAAAGUGUUUGUGGAUGUCCUGAAACUUCUUCACAUAGACUUUCGGGAUGCUGUUGCCAAGGCAACCCGUCAGAAUGGGAAGCCAGUGGUGGAUGAGCGGAUCCUCAGUCAGAUCCUGUAUUACCUGCCACAACUCUACCAGCUCAACAGAGACCUGCUGAGGGAGCUGGAGGAGAGAGUGGCACACUGGAGCGAUCACCAGAGGCUGUCGGACAUCUUUGUCCAGAAGGGUCCUUACCUGAAGAUGUACUCCACCUACAUCCGCCAGUUUGACAACAAUGUAGCCCUGUUGGACGAGCAGUGCAGGAAAAACACCGCGUUCGCCGCUGUCGUCAGAGAGUUUGAGAUGAGUCCGAGAUGUGCCAGCCUGGCUCUGAAACACUACCUGCUGAAACCGGUGCAGAGGAUCCCUCAGUACCAGCUGCUGCUCACAGAUUAUCUGAAGAAUCUCCCAGAAGAUUCUGAGGAUUAUAAAGAUACGCAAGCUGCCCUCAGCAUAGUGAAAGAAGUGGCCAACCACGCUAAUGAUAUUAUGAAACAAGGGGAUAACUUUCAGAAGCUGAUGCACAUUCAGUACAGCCUCAAUGGUCACCAUGAGAUCGUUCAGCCGGGCAGGGUGUUUCUGAAGGAGGGCACUCUAAUGAAGCUGUCCAGGAAAGUCAUGCAACCACGGAUGUUCUUCCUGUUCAAUGAUGCACUCAUGUACACCACACCAGUCCAGUCUGGCCAGUAUAAACUCAACAGCGUCCUCUCUCUGGCUGGGAUGAAGGUGAGUAAACCGAGCCAGGAGGCCUAUCAGAACGAGCUGAACAUCGAAAGCGUUGAACGCUCUUUCAUCCUGUCUGCCAGCUCGGCUACAGAGCGAGAUGAGUGGCUGGAGGCCAUUGCCAAGGCCAUAGACGACUACACAAAGAAGAAAAUAACCUUCAUAUCAAGUCGAAGUCAGGAGGAGGCGGAGGGUUUUGUCGACAACGGGGCCCCGUUAGGUUCAAAAGCUCCCAUCUGGAUCCCAGACCUGAGGGCCACCAUGUGCAUGAUCUGCACCUGCGAGUUCACCCUCACCUGGAGGAGGCAUCACUGCCGCGCCUGUGGCAAGGUGGUGUGUCAGGCGUGCUCUGCCAAUAAGUACUACCUGGAGUACUUGAAGAACCAGCCGGCGCGUGUGUGUGACCACUGCUUUGCCAAACUGCAGGAGAAUAGUGACCGCUGUGCCUCAACAUCAAUUUCUCCCAUCAAAUCUGGAGCUUUUUCCUUCACUAGAAAACAGAAGAAAAUUCCUGCUGCACUGAAAGAGGUUUCUGCCAACACAGAGAAUUCCUCCAUGAGCGGCUACUUAAACAGGUCAAAAGGCAACAAGAAGCAGUGGAAGAGGCUGUGGUUUGUCAUUAAGAAUAAAGUCCUGUACACCUACGCUGCCAGUGAGGACGUUGCAGCGUUGGAGAGUCAGCCCUUGCUUGGGUUUUUCCUGAGGGAGGAGAAGAACGGGCCAGCUCAGAAGCUGCAGUUCAAGCUGUAUCACAAAAAUACGCUGUUUUACAUCUUUAAGGCUGACGACAUCCCCACCGCACAGAGAUGGAUUGAAGCCUUCCAAGAGGCAAUGAUUCUUGAACAGUAACCUGGUUUUACAGCAGUGAAGUCAUAUCACAGCCCCGGAGCCAGUAGAUGGACAACUUACGGCCCCUGAUUGGUCUCAGGUCAAGGGUCACCAGCUCAGGAAGGACUCUGGAUGGGCUGUUUUUCCAAACAGAAACCCACUGCAGAGCAACACAUACUGUAUGUGGAAAACCAGACUGCUUUUCCCUCAAAGAACUGGAUUCUGUUUCUCUCAACAUAUUUUCUACCAGCAACAGCUACUGAUGCUCAGCAGUGCUGACUGAGGUCACAGUUAAUGGUUUGUCACAGCUGUGGGUCAAAGGUCAAGUCCAGAAGCAUGUGUGUGGAAGUGAGACAGAACGGUUUUAGGGAUCUAUAAAUCCCUCAGAAAUCCUCGGAAGUCUGGGAAUUACUUUCAGCUGCAAAUGGAUGAAGGAUUUACAUUUGUGUGAAACAAAAUAUACAAAACUGUCCACCUUUGUUCAAGCAUUUUCACAUUGGCCACACUUUGGAGUUAAAAACAUACAGGAUUUAAAAGAAAGACAUACACUCACAUGCACUCAUCAUAAAAUAUUCAAAUUGCUGAGAUGUUUCAUCUGAGUCAUGGAUGCAAAAUGUUGCAGAUGUUUGUCCAAGAGUUUAAUGAUGUCACAAUGUGGGGAUUUUACUGUGAAAGUCGGGCUUCUACAAAGAAACAGGAAGUUGAUGCUCUGCUCUUUAGGUUGAUCUCUCUGGUUAAGAGAUUUUAAAUCCUGUAUUUUUAGAUCUAACAAAACAUCAAAAUCAUGGGUUGAAAAAAACAGCAUCCUGGAGAAAACUGGAAAUGAAUCAUGAAUAUUGUAGAUAUUUUGCAUACAGUUAAAAUGUGUGUUUGCCUGUUUAGCUCCAUUAGAAAUGGUUAAUGGGUAAAAGUGUGUAUAUGAACAUGAAAGAGCAACAUUGACCUUUUUUUUAUAUCAAAGCCAAGAGCUAAUAUUUAUAAAAUAGGAUGAUUUUAUUGUUUGAAGAGCACAGGCUGCCAAUUUUAAUAUGGGAGUCAGGGUUUGUUAAAGAAAUAUUUUUCCAUCAAAACCAUUAUUGUUUUAAGAUUUAAAAAAGAACUGCUUACAGAAAAGGAGGAUUUUUAAUGAGCAAAUACUGUGGAAAAUAUGCACAAACUACAUUUCUAAGGAAAUGCUCAAAAGAAAGAAAACAUUUUGUAUUUUGAUGCUUGUUUUUGAUAACAUUGUGCCUUACAUCUUUUGUUUUGAGAUAAGUUGCAAUAACUAUAGGUGCUCUGCUGGAAAUUCUUCACUAAAUAAGGACAUUUAAGCAUCCAGUUUGCGUGACUACUCACUUUCUAGCCAGGGUACUCCGGCUUUGUAGCUUUAAAAUCAGUCGUUUUUUCCAGGUCUGUUUCUUGGUUAAGUUGUCACAUGUUGCACUACCACAUUAGGGUAAAUGAGUUGAUUUCAUAGUUGAAGAAAUCCAAGUCUCUUUUUAAUGAAAGAAUAAAAUAAUUAAUAUUGUCAUCAUAGCUUCUGGCUGCUGUUGUCAUACGGUUUCUUCAGAUUUGGGCUUGUGGGGUAUGAAUGUGCAGCAGCCUGGUUUGAAAAUGCUAGUCAGGAACUACCAAGCAUGCAUUAACGGCGACCAUCUGUAAACAUCUACUCUAUCAGUGUUAGAGUUUUCCAUAAGCAGUGAUUUUAAACUGUCAGGCAACAGUUUUGAAUAAAAUACAUAGAAAAUAUA